AUGUCUUCUACGAAUGGGAUUGAUUUAUCUUCCUUAAAGGAUAAAAUAUCUGUGAAAUUGAAAAAGAACUCAAGUUCAAAUGCCAAAAAAAAUGAUAGCAAGAAAGGGGACAGUACAUUUAUAGCUCAACGUGAUGAUAUCAAUAAAGAACAACAUAAUAAUAAUCAUGAAGGCGAUAUUUUGCGUCGUGAAGCUUUGGAAUUGGGUGCUACCGAUCAAGAUUUAAAAUUAAUUCAAGAUCUUCCAGAUGAUGGUGCAAGUGAACAAGAAUUUGAUGAUGUGGACAAUACAGAAGGUGAUGAUAUAGAACUUAAAAAAGAUUUGAAAAAAAUGAUGAAGAGCAUUGGUUUUGAUGCUAAAGAUAUUCCAACUCCAGAGGAGGAGAAAGAGAAAGAGCAAGAGCAAGAACAAGAGGAAGAGCAAGAAAUAGAAAAACAAUUGGAAGAUAAUGAUAGUGCCAAUUACAGUAUCGGUACAAUAAAGGAAGAACAAAAUACCAAUAGCCCUGAUCUAGAAGGAAUUCUCGGUUCAAACAAAAAGGAAAAAAAAAAAUUAGGUUUAAUCACUGAAACACAAUUGGUUGUUACAGACAAAUUAUUAAUUCCAGCUGAUGAAGUGUGGUAUAAUGUUGCAUUGGACCCAGAAAUUGACAAUAUCACUGAUACUCUAAAACCAGAACAAAUUGAAAAAUUAUAUCAGAGAGGUAAAGAGUCUUUAGAAAAAGAUAAUGAAUUAUAUUAUGAAGAAUUUACUAAAAACUCAUCUCAAAGAAAAUUUAUGUCCCAGAUUUUAUCAGAUGGUACUUUAAACGAUAAAAUCUCCGCGUUGACUUUAUUGGUUCAAGAAUCUCCCAUUCACAAUAUAAAAUCUUUGGACACUUUACUAUCUUAUUGUGGUAAAAAAUCUAGAAAUUCAGCUUUACAAUCUUUAAACGCCCUAAAAGAUUUGUUUUUAAAUGGCUUACUACCAGAUAGGAAACUCAGCUUUUUUAAAAACCAAAAAUUAUCAAUGCUAUUAAAUAAAAAAACCUUAGCUAUAUAUUAUUUUGAAGAUUAUCUGAAAAAAAAAUACUUUACCGUUCUAGAAUUUUUUGAAAAAUUAUCGCACGAUCCAAUUAUCCACGUUCGAAUGUCAGUUUUAACUCAUAUUUUUGAUUUAUUGACUGCCAAGCCGGAACAGGAGGUUAAUCUAUUGCGCUUAGGUGUCAACAAAUUAGGUGACAUUGAUAAUAAAGUUUCUUCUAAAGCCUCAUUUCAAUUAUUGCAGUUGGAACAAAAUCAUCCAAACAUGAAACCAGUCAUUGCAGAUGCUAUUAUUGAUAUUUCCUUGAAGCCUCGCGAGGGAUACCACACCGUCUAUUAUGCAGUCUUGACGUUAAAUCAAACCAUUUUGAAAAGAUCUGAGGUUAAUUUGGCUAAUAAUUUAAUUAAGAUAUACUUUACUAUGUUUGAAAAGUUUUUAACCAAAGAUGACAAUGAUCUUGCCACAACUACUGCCAAUAAAGAUGAAUUGAAAACUUCUAAAUCUUAUGAACAAAGAAGAAAGAAGAAUUUCAAAAGGGGCAAAAAUGGUGGCAAAUCUGUUUCUUCAGUUAAAACAGCUGAGGAAAUUGUCGAUGAGAAAAACACUAAAUUAUUUUCAGCUAUUUUAACUGGAUUAAAUCGUGCUUUGCCCUUUUCCGAUAUGCCUGCUGAAGUUUACGAGGCCCACUUGGAUACACUAUAUAAGAUCACCCAUUCUUCCAAUUUUAACACCUCUAUUCAAGCUCUGGUUUUAAUUUUCCAAGUCAUUCAAAAGGCCGAUUUAAACACAUCUAGGUAUUACAGAACUUUGUACGAAAGUUUGUUGGAUCCAAGAUUGGCCACUUCUUCGAAACAAGGUAUUUAUUUGAACUUGCUAUAUAAAUCUUUGAAAAGGGAUCAACAAAACAUUCCUCGUGUUGAGGCCUUUGUUAAAAGAAUAUUACAGAUUUGUUUAAACUGGAUAAACAUUGGUGCAAUUGCUGGUAUGUUUUACCUACUAACUCAAUUAGAACAAUCCAUCCCGCAGCUCAGAAACUUGUUCAUAAAUUCACCAACGGAUUAUACAUAUGAAUCGGAAAACGAAGAAGACGUUGAAUCUACUACUAAUAGUAAAAAGAUCAAACAACAAUAUGAUCCGCGUAAACGUGACCCAAAUUUUGCUUAUGCCAAUAAAUCAUCCCUAUGGGAAAUUUCCAUGUUUCUCAAUCAUUUCCAUCCAACUGUUCAAGCAUACGCUAACGCUUUCCAGUCUCAGUCUAAAGAAAUCACUAAACCAGAUUUAGGCUUAUAUACCCUGGCACAUUUCUUGGAUAGGUUUGUUUACAGAAAUUUCAAACAGAAAGCAACUGUUAGGGGUUCUUCUAUUAUGCAACCUCUAGGUGGUAUCCACACUGGCUCAUUGUUGGUUAAAGCUUCUGAUAGAACCUUGGAUGAAUUGCCAGCUAACACAGAGAAUUGGUUAAGCAAAAAGGCUAAAGAAAUUAAACCAGAUGAAAAAUUCUUUUACCAAUAUUUUAUUAAUAAAAAAUCCGCCAUUAAAGGACAAACUAAAGAUAAAACCGACCAGGAUGAUGAUAUAAGCGACUUAGAUGAAGAAAAAGUUUGGGAUGCUUUAGUAAAAUCUAACCCGAAUGUUGAAGGUGAUGACGAUGAAGGAGAAGACGAUGAUGACGACAUAGUUUUUGAUGAUGAAGAGUUCAGCUCAAUGAGUGAAAAUUCUGAUGCAGAGUUAGAAGAAUCAGAUCAAGAGCCUGAUAUCAUUGGAUUUGAUGAGGAAGACGCUUCUACCGGUGUCACUAGUGUGUCGGUUGAGGGCGGAGACGAUAAUGAUGAAAUUUCCUCCGAAGAAAGAGAAGAGGAAGAGUCACCUAAGAAAAGAACACGAGCCGAGAUUGAGACUGGAAAGAGGAAGGAAAGUAACAAGAAGAGAAAGAAGGCUUUGAAAGAACUGCCAAUAUUUGCAUCUGCAGAUGAUUAUGCCAAAUAUUUGCAAUCUGAUUCAGAUCAAGAAUGA